AUGGGCUUCGGCGACGGCAAAGUAGUGGACAUCCACACCCACAUGUACCCCCCGGAAUACGUCAAAAUCCUCGAAUCCCGCACCACCAUCCCCCUCGUGCGCUCCUUCCCCGGCUCCUCCGACCCUCGCCUGAUCCUUCUUGACACCGAGGUUCCGAUCCUCGAAGAAGCCGAAGCAGCCAAAUCUCGAGGCGAAGCCCCCCUUAACAUCCCCGGCCGUCCCCUAACCAAGCACUACUCCUCGCUCACCCAAAAGAUGCACUUCAUGGAAACGCACCAAAUCGACAUCAGCGUCGUCUCACUCGCCAACCCGUGGCUCGAUUUUCUUUCUGAAGAUGAAGCGGGGCCCAUCGCAGAGUCCAUCAACGCCGAUUUCAGCCGCAUGUGCGAAGAGAAAUGCGGCCGGCUAUUUUUCUUCGCUGCCUUACCGUUGACCGCCUCGCAAGAGGUUAUCCUCUCCUCCAUCGCGCACGUUGCUGGUUUGCCUUACUGCCGGGGCGUCAUACUGGGUACCUCCGGUUUAGGAAAGGGACUGGAUGACCCCGAUCUUCUCCCCAUCUUCCACGCUCUCGCGGAUGCGAGAUUGAUGAUUUUCUUGCACCCGCAUUACGGUCUGCCGAAUGAAGUCUGGGGUCCUCGCGCCACGGAAAACUACGGGCACGUAUUGCCACUGGCUCUCGGGUUUCCGAUGGAAACGACCAUUGCUGUCACGAGGAUGUAUCUCGCGGGGGUGUUUGACCAGGUUCCGCAGCUGAACAUGUUGCUGGCGCACAGCGGAGGGACUUUGCCGUUCCUGGCGGGCAGGAUAGAGAGCUGUAUUUUGCAUGAUGGACAUUUGCACGCUGCGGGGACGAAGCCGAAGAAGACGAUCUGGGAGGUGUUGAGUAGUCAGAUUUUUCUCGAUGCGGUGGUUUAUAGCGAUGUAGGUCUGAAGGCGGCCGUGCAGGCGAGCGGGCCGGAAGGGCAUGAGAGGUUGAUGUUUGGGACUGAUCACCCUUUCUUUCCGCCGCUGGGGAGCGAUGAGGAGGGCGAAUGGGAGAGUGUGACGUGGAAUGGGGCGGCGGUGAGGAAGGCGUUUGGUGGAGCGGAGGAUGGGGAGGAGAGCGACGAGGGGAAGAAGGUGAGGGGCGUGAUGGGCGGGAAUGCGGUUAAGGUGCUGAACUUGAGGAGGGAUGGAUGCCGAUAG